AUGACACCAAAAAACAAUACAAUGAAAAUAUUUUUAUUAAUAUUAGUAAUUUUGUUUUUUUUUUUUUUUAUUUUUUGUAACGCACAAAAUCCAAUAAUUAAAUUGUAUGAUGUUUCAGAAAAUACAGUUGAUAGAUAUACAAAGUAUCCUGAUGGUACAACUUCAACCCAAUGUCAUUUUUAUUUUGAAAUACUGAUAGUGGAUACUUCCAAAAGUGGAGUUGGAUUUAUUGUAUCUUCAAGUAAUCCCAAUCCAUUGUUCACAACAAUAUAUAGCAUUGAUUCAGCAAUGGUUUUUUCCACUGAACCAAGGGUUGAACAAAAUGGAAAUUAUUCGGAUACAAUUUUUACUUCAUUAUUAAAUGAUUCGACAAUAAUUAAUAAUAUUACAAUUAAUUAUUCUUGUCAAUCUAUUGAUUUUGGUGACCUUACUUUUAUGUAUUUUAUGGCAAACACUAGUUUGAAAUCAACAUUUGGUUUUUCGGGUGUUUUUUUUUUUACUACUAAAUAUCCAAUAAAAGGAUUUGAUAUAACAAGUACUGAUGCACUGGCAAACCAAAUAGGAAUUAAUUCAGGUGUUUAUAUAUUUAAUGGUGAAUUUUCACUUGAUAACUUCAUUGAAUAUAAUAGUGUUCAAAUUAAUUUUUUAAAUGGCAAUAAUAUUGAGGUACAAAUUCCUCAAAGUAAAUAUCAAAAUUCUAAUAACAAUAAUACAGAGAUUGUAACAGUUCCUGAUAUUAAUGAAAAUAUAAUUUUAUUUGGAAAGAAUACCCACCCUUUGUUUACUCUAAUUUCAAAUGCUACUGAUGUAAAUCCAUUUUUAUUUUGUUUGGGAUCUGGAGGUUCUCAAUCAAUCGCACAACCUAUUUAUCAAACUAAUCAAGGUAUAAAAUAUUUGGGAGCAUUUAAUGAUUAUUAUUCUGCAAAAUAUAAUUUAUAUCUUCAACUUAAUGGUUCACUUUCUAUAAUUUAUAAUGCAACUAUAAAUGUUACUAGAGAAAUACCAUCACCAUUGUAUUAUACGCAAUUUAUAAUUACAAAUACUUUUAAAAAUGAAACGUUUUUAAAAAACUCUUCAAUUUUUAAUGUUCAUGGAAAUUCAAUAAUGAAAUAUGAUGGCUCAUCAUCAUUUUCUAUGAUCUUUGGAGAUUUUCAAUCAUAUAUUACUUUUCCAUUUGGAUUUAUAAAUGGAACAAACUUUAAUUACACUACAAAGAUAUCAUUAUUACAAGAGCCAAUUUCAAAGCAACCUUCUCAAUCUUUUUUAAUUAAUAACUAUGUUUCACAAGUACCAGCAGAUAUAGUUGCAACUCCUUCAGAACUUCAUCGAGUUUUACCAAAACUUUUAUAUUUUGAAAUUGUAAAGUUAUUUGAUGGUUUUUUUUUAUUUAGAAUAACAAUAGCAAAUGGUAUUUAUAUGAGGAUGAAGGAUGAUUCUGGUUAUACCAUUAUAGGAUAUGAAUCUUUAGUUACAAAUGGAAAUGGAGGUUUUUUUUUCGAAUUUAUUGGUAUUUAUAGAAGUAGUGUAUUUGAAAGUAUUGAUAUAUUCAAUGAAUUUGGGUUAAAGACUACCUAUUUUGUUGGUGAUUAUUAUUCAGUUGAUCCAGUUUCAAAAAUUUAUUCAACACAUAAACCAAUUAAUUCAUAUUUAGCUUAUGAUAUUUCAUUUUUAAAGAAUGAUAUUGAUGUAACAAAUAAAUCAAUUGAUAAUAUUCUUUUUUUCAGUUUCGAUGGUAUUGAUAAUAAUACACCAAUAUUUUUUAUCAAAGGUGAUGAUGCAUCAUUUUCAAAUGAUUUAAAAGAAUUCUCUUAUGGAAAGUGGAAUUCUACAAUUUCUAAGUACCAAAUUAAUUUCAGGGUACCAGGAAAUACUCAAACUGGAAUAUUUCCAUUUAAUUUAAUGUUUGGUUUUAGCAUCCCAAUGGUUAGUGAUGUUCUCCCAUACACAUCUCAAUUAAGAAUUAAAAAUUCUUAUUUAGAUGUAUUUGGACCGAUUUUUCAAACAAUUACAAAAAUUAAUAAUAAUAAUGUUAUUGGUUGGUCAUUUUCAAUAAGUGAUCCAAUUAAUGGAUUUUUAAAAGGAAAGAUAAUAGUUAAAGGUGAAAUGGAUAGUUCAAUUUAUAUUUUUAAUUUAAAUGAAACCAAUUUAAUUAGUGGUGAUAUAUAUUUAGGAUCAUAUGAAAUAAACAUAACAAUACCAUUAAAAUGUGCAUCACAAAAUUAUAUAAUUACUGAUGUUGAAUUAAUUGAUAGACAGAAUAAUUUAAAUUUAUUUUCAACCUGGAAUAUAAAAGCUUCAAUUAAAACUCCUUUUUUCAAUUUUUUAAAUGAUUCAUCAAUAAACAAAAUUUAUAAACUAUGUAAUGGUGUUAAUGAUGGUAUUGAUAGCAGUCCACCAGUUUUAAAAUCAUUUGAUGUAGUAAGAUUUAGUUCUGGUAAUAAUUUACAUUCAAUCUUUUUUGUUUUUGUUGCUGUUGAUGAAGAAACAGGUUUGAAAGAUGACCAAUUUCCAAUUGUUUAUUUAACAAGCUUAUACUUAGAAACACUUCAAUGUACUUCAAGAUUAGUUUCAAAGAAUAGUACAAGUGCAACUUUUUCAUGUGAAAUUGAAAUUCCAUAUGCGUUUGGAUAUAAUCAAGAUAUUAUUUUUAGUAUUUAUGGUUUUAUUAAUAAUGGUGGUUAUUUUAGUGGUUAUUCAAGUGAAAUGUUAAAAAAUAAUUCAUUAUUGUUUUCAAUGACAGAUAUUGAAUUGAUUAAAAAAUUAUAUAUAGAGAAAACAACAUCAAUUACAUCGAAUGAAAAUGAACUAUGGAUCAUUGGUAAACAAUUCAAUUUAAAACAAACAGUUCAUAUUAAAUAUUAUGGUGAUUUAACAUUUACACAAAUAUCAAAACCAACCCAAGUUUAUAGUGUAGCAAUGUUUAUUAAUGAUACUAAACUAACCGAUAAACCAUUUAUUAUUAAAAUAGUUGAAGAUCCACCAAAUAUUAAUACCAAUAGUGAAUCAAAUGAAUAUAUAGUAAAUCCAAUUAUUUAUGAUUAUGGCGAUUUUGAACCAACUCCAAUCCCAACUAUACCAUCAACACCUACACCAACAUCAACUUUAUUACCAACUUUAAGUCCACUACCAACUAAUAAACCUCAAAAAUGUUUAGGUGAACCAGAAUGUGGUGGGGAAUCACAUGGUUAUUGCUCUUUAACUGGAUGUAUUUGUUAUGAACCAUGGGUCGGUGUGGAUUGUACAUCUAAAGUUAUUAUCAUUCCACAACCAUCAAUAAAUACAACAAAACCUACAACUGAAAUACCAAUUGAAGUUCCAUCAACAGGUAAUAAUCAAACAACAAAUAAUAUAAUAUUCAAAUCAUUACUUUCAAUUGUAUCAAUAAGAGAAUUAGAUUUUCAAUCAAAACAAGUAAAACUAUUCCCUUUAGAAAGAUGGAUAUUUAAAUCAAUUUCUGAAAGUAAAAGUCAAUAUAUUUCAACUAUUGAAAAUUCAAAUUUAAAAACAACAAUAACAGUGCAUAUUGAAUGGUUUAAUAGUACCACCAAUAUCUCUUUUGCAAAUUCACAAUUAACAAUGAAUCCAUCAACUGUGAAAUAUACAAUUGAAAUUUCAGAAUACAAAUUUUCCAAUAGAUUAAAUCAACUUCAAUUAGUAAUGUCGGUAUCACUUGAAACAAAUAAAAAAUCUGAAGAUAUAUGUUCAUCAAGUAAAUUUGGUGAAAGUUCAAAUGGUGACAAUUCAAAUUAUUUUAAAAUUCAAAUUGAUAAUCAUUCAUUAUAUGGUAGAUUUAUAAAGAGAGCAAUCAUUGAUUCAUAUGUAAGAUCUAUUGAAAAUGUUUUAUUAGAUUCGUCAAUGGAAACAAUUAAAACUCCUUCAUCUUCACAAUCUUAUAUUGGUAUUACAAUUCCAAUCUAUUCCAAUAGCUCAAUUAUUGAUCCUGAUUUUUCAGUUUUAAUAGAUUCGAAAUCUGUUACAAGUGAUGAAAACCAUUCAAUCUGUAAUUCAAAUCCAAAAUCAAAACUAACAACCCCUCAAUUAGCUGGUAUAAUUAUUGGAUCAGUUGGAUUUGUGGCUGUUAUUAUCAUAGCAAUUACUUAUCAUUUUAUGAAAAAUCGUCAAAAUUCUAAAUUAUUUAAAUCCAUGGGUUUAAAAUUAAAACAAUUAAAUCAAUAA